AUGGAACAGCCUUGGCCGCCGCCGGGACCUUGGAGCCGCCCCCGCGGCGAGGGUGAGGCUGAGGAGGAGAGUGACUUGGACGUGUUCCCCAGGUCCCUCUGUUGCUCGCAGCUGCCGGGCGGUGGCGCCCAGAUAUAUAGCCAUGGGAUUGAACUAGCUUGCCAAAAGCAGAAAGAGUUUGUGAAGAGUUCUGUGGCGUGCAAAUGGAAUCUUGCUGAAGCGCAGCAGAAACUCGGUAGCCUAGCGCUGCAUAACUCUGAGUCCUUGGAUCAGGAACAUGCCAAAGCACAAACAGCAGUAUCCGAACUGAGGCAACGGGAAGAAGAAUGGCGACAGAAAGAAGAGGCUCUAGUGCAAAGAGAGCAGAUGUGUCUGUGGAAUACAGAUGCCAUUAGCAAGGAUGUUUUUAAUAAGAGUUUUAUUAAUCAAGAUAAAAGAAAAGAAACAGAAGAUGAAGAUAAAUCAAAAUCAUUCAUGCAGAAAUAUGAACAAAAAAUCAGACAUUUUGGUAUGUUGAGCCGAUGGGAUGAUAGUCAGAGGUUCUUGUCUGACCAUCCCUAUCUUGUAUGUGAAGAAACUGCCCAAUAUCUUAUUUUAUGGUGUUUUCAUCUAGAAGCUGAACAGGCAGAGGAAGAAGGUUAUUUUGAAGCAUUCAAAAAUGAACUUGAAGCUUUCAAGUCAAGAGUAAGACUUUGUUCUCAGUCACAAAGUUUUCAACCUAUGACAGUUCAGAAUCAUGUUCUCCAUUCUGGUGAUGGAUCUAUAGGUUUAUUAGAAUCCUUUCCACAGAAUCCAGAUUAUCUUCAGUAUUCUAUCAACACAGCUCUCUGCAGUUUAAACUCAGUGGUACAUAAAGAAGAUGAUGAACCCAAGAUGAUGGACACUGUGUAA